CAUUUAACUUCCGUUCAGUCUAUGUGGACUGAUGAAAUGUAGGAAAUCUGUUUCUGGAAAAAAAAAAAUUGCUUUCCCAAAGAGAGCACCAAGUGGAGCGAUCAGAAGUAUGAAGAGUGGCUGUGCUGCUGCUGCUGCUGGUCUGCUCAGGUUGGGAGAGCAGGACGGGCUGCAGGAGGAGAGCGGCUUUGUGGCACUGCAAGGAGAAAGUGAGUGAGAUUUCUUCCCAGCAAGAGCUCCAGGAGGCUUGGGGAUUGCUUUCAGAAGAGCAGGGGAGAAGUUGUUUCAUGAAGAGUAUUAAGGCAUUUUAAAGGUACGACAAGCGGGUAAACAAUGUGCACUGCUCUAAGCCCAAAGGCACGUGGGCCUGGGCUCUCUGACAUGCAUCAAUACAGCCAAUGGCUGGCCAGCAGACAUGAGGCCAAUUUGUUACCGAUGAAAGAGGACUUAGCCCUGUGGCUCACAAACCUUCUGGGUAGGGAGAUAACAGCAGAAACGUUCAUGGAGAAACUGGAUAAUGGUGCCUUGCUUUGUCGACUAGCUGAAACUCUACAGGAAAAAUUUAAAGAAAACAGUUUUGAUGCAAACAAACCUGGUAAAAUCUUACCAGUGCGGAAGAUACCAUGCAAAGCCAAUGCUCCUUCAGGUUCUUUUUUUGCACGAGACAACACAGCAAAUUUCUUAUCUUGGUGCAGAGAUGUUGGGGUGGACGACACCUGCCUAUUUGAAUCAGAAGGUUUGGUCCUUCACAAGCAGCCAAGAGAAGUAUGUCUUUGUUUGUUGGAACUUGGAAGGAUUGCAUCCAGGUUUGGUGUAGAACCUCCUGGUUUAAUAAAGCUGGAAAAAGAAAUUGAACAAGAAGAAACACUUUCAGCACCUCUUCCCUCUCCUUCACCCUCCCCAACAAAGUCUCCAGGGAAAAAGAGCACAGGAAAACUGUUGGAUGAUGCUGUCAAACACAUUUCUGAAGAUCCUCCUUGUAAAUGCCCUAGUAAAUUCUGUGUGGAGCGUCUUUCACAGGGAAGAUACAGAGUUGGAGAGAAGAUCCUCUUUAUUAGGAUGCUACACAACAAACACGUGAUGGUUCGUGUAGGAGGAGGAUGGGAGACUUUUGCAGGAUAUUUGCUGAAACAUGACCCAUGCCGAAUGCUGCAAAUCUCUCGGGUUGAUGGGAAAACCUCUCCAAUCCAAAGCAAGUCUCCAACCAUCAAGGACAUGAGUCCAGAUAAUUACCUGGUUGUCUCUGCCCAUUACAAGACCAAGAAAGAGAUUAAGUGAAAUUAACCUCUCAUGAGAUUGGGACUAUGUAUAAGUAGGUCCAAAUUAUCUUCUCAAGUGUAGUAAAAUUAGUUCAUGCUUUGAAAGGACUUCCAAAAAUUUAACACAGGCUGAAAAUGACAACCUGUUUUGAAGACUGUAGAACUAUUUAUUUCUAGUACUGUACCUUUUUAGCAAAUUACCCUUCAUAGGCAAAUUACUACAAUCAGAUAAGAAAUAAACAUAUAUUUUAGCCAUAUUAUUACUCUUUAAUAUGUGAAUGUAUACUUAGAAUGACUUAAAGGAUGUGCUUCAUGUUAAAGGCAAAAAAUUUGCAGUAUAUUUGUAUGUAAAACCUAUGACAUUGAGUCCUUGGCCAUUUGUUAGCUCAGUUAGAAAAGUUAUAUGCAGGUAUGUUCAGGUGGAUAAAAAUUACUUGCUAAAUCAAGCAAGUUGGAAACUAAAAUAAAACUGGACUAUGUUUAAGGCUCCAGGAUGCCUUUAGCCUAUGAAAGAAAUAUAAAAAUAGUGUGCUAAAUGGGUUCCUAAAAUGGCUAAAUUAAAAAAUAUGGUGUCCUCUUGAAAGCUAGCUUGAAAAAAUUAACACUAAAUGCCAGGGUCUCACUAGGUGCUUACGUGGGCGUCUAGUGAUGGGAGGAUGUCAAGAGCCAUUCAGCAGUAUAGGUUUUGCUCCUUCCUCUAUCAGACAAUAAAAAUGGCUCAUUGGAGGGUUGUUAGCUAUCACACAAAGAAGGGUGCAGCAACAGGCACACAGCCUGUAACCACCUUGGGGCUCCAGGAGACGUACUUCCUCCCGCAGUCAGAAUGAUUCCUCAUUCUUCUCUUGUGGUGAUUCAUCUCUCUAUUGCCCCUUAUUCUUUGACCACAUGGUACAGUCUAGCUCUACUUGUAUUCAGUUGUUGGGGAUACAUGUGAAAUAUGCAUUGUCCAUUCUUAGGAGUAAUUCAAAUUCUUGUAAAUCAUUCACACAGCUCUAAAAUUUACUUUGGGAUUCUUGGGUUGGGUUUAUAAUUUUGCUACUUUUCUUUGUUUAUAUUUGGUGCCUUCUGUGCCUUGUAACUUCCUAGAAAAAAUCCUUUUAUAGGGAUAUUUGAAUGACUACAUACAUUUGAGAAGAACUCAGCUGUUUCAUUAGCAAUAAAAUAGAAACUUUUUUAAAAAAAUAAUACCCACAAA